GAGUGGUUCUGGCUCAGGAGGGGGACGAAAGAUGGCGGCGGAAACGCUGCUGUCCAGUCUGCUGGGGCUGCUGCUUCUGGGGCUCCUGUUCCCCGCAAGAGUGGCUAGUGGCGUCGGGAGCCUGAAUCUGGAGGAGCUGAGCGAGAUGCGUUAUGGGAUUGAGAUCCUGCCGUUGCCUGUCAUGGGAGGGCAGAGCCAAGCGUCGGACGUGGUGAUCGUGUCCUCCAAGUACAAACAGCGCUACGAGUGCCGCCUGCCCGCCGGGGCUAUUCACUUCCAGCGCGAGCGGGAGGAGGAGACCCCUGCUUACCAAGGGCCCGGGAUCCCCGAGUUGUUGAGCCCUAUGAAGGAUGCGCCCUGCCUGCUGAAGACCAAGGACUGGUGGACAUACGAGUUCUGUUACGGGCGCCACAUUCAGCAGUACCACAUGGAAGAUGCGGAAAUCAAAGGUGAAGUUCUCUAUCUCGGCUACUACCAAUCGGCCUUCGACUGGGAUGAUGAAACAGCCAAGGCUUCCAAGCAGCAUCGCCUGAAACGCUACCACAGCCAGUCGUACGGCAACGGGUCCAAGUGCGACCUCAACGGGAGGCCCCGGGAGGCUGAGGUUCGGUUCCUCUGCGACGAGGGUGCUGGCAUUUCCGGGGACUACAUCGACCGUGUGGACGAGCCCUUGUCCUGCUCUUACGUGCUGACCAUUCGGACCCCGCGGCUCUGCCCCCACCCCCUCCUGCGGCCCCCGCCCAGCGCCGCCCCCCAGGCCAUCCUGUGCCACCCUGCGCUGCAGCCCGAGGAGUACCUGGCCUACAUGCAGAGGGAGUCCGGGGCCUCCAAACAGUACGGAGACAAAAUCGGAGACGAGUUGCAGGACCCGGACACCCCUGCGGGGAGCGAGACCAAGCCCGGGGGCUCUGGGGAGGCAGCCCCCGAGAAAGCAGGUGCAAAUCCACCCAAGGAAAACCGUAAGGACUCAGACUUCUGGAAGAUUCUCCACGAGCCAGAGGCACAGGCCCCGGAAGAGGAGGACGGCCUGGCGGAGGAGCAAGAACCGAUCCCCGAGCCCGCAGGUCGCGCUCCAGGCCCCGCCGACGAUUUUCACAACAAUGUGCAAGUCAAAGUCAUCCGGAGUCCGGCAGAUUUGAUUCGAUUGAUAGAGGAGCUGAGAGGUGGAACCAAAAAGGCCAAGCCCAGCUCGGACCCAGAGCCACCCGCAGGGGAUGCUGCCGAAGCCCCUCCCAAGGAGCCGGAGGUCAAGGAAAAGCGUGACCCCGAGCCUCAGAAAGAGGUCGUGGAGGAGGAGGAGGAAGAAGAGGAGGAGGAGGAGGAAGAAUAUGAAGAUGAGGAUGAACGGCAAUUGCUGGGAGAAUUCGAGAAGGAGCUGGAAGGAAUCCUGCUCCCCUCAGACCGGGAGCGGCUCCGCUCGGAGGUGAAGGCUGGCAUGGAGCGGGAGCUCGACAACAUCUUCCAGGAAACGGAGAAGGAGCUGGGCCCGGACGGGCUGAAGAAGGAGUCGGAGCGUGACCGCGCCUUGCUGGCCCUCACGUCCACCCUCAACAAGCUCAUCCGAAGGCUGGAGGAGAGGCAAAGCCCAGAGCUGGUGAAGAAGCCGCGGAAGAGGAAGCUUGUCCCCAAGAAGCCGCCCCUGGCACGGCAGCCGGCGGGGAAAAUCGAGAUCAAAAUCGUCCGUCCGGGGGCUGACGGGACGGAGGAGGAGACGCGCUGGCUGACGGACGAGGACACGAAGAACCUCAAGGAGAUCUUCUUCAACAUUUUGGUCCAGGGCGCCGAGGAGGCCCAGAAGGAGCGGCAGCGGCAGAAGGACCUGGAGAGCAACUACCGCCGCGUGUGGGGCUCGCCCGGCGGGGAGGGCACGGGGGACCUGGACGAGUUCGACUUCUGAGACCACCUCCCCGCCCCCCCCAGACUCCCGAGGAGUCCCGAGUCUUCUAGACCAAGCUUGCCUGUGCCCCCAGCCCGGGGGUCCUAAGGCAGAGCAGCAGAGCUGAGCUGAGCCCCGCAGGGGCCCUCCUGGGCGCGCAGGGGCGAGAGCCUCCUCCCGACCCCGGGCCUAUGAAUUUGCACUCGCAGAAACCGCCCUCACCCCUUCCCUGCCUGUCCCCCCCCUACCCUAUGUCCUGUCACCAUCCCCCAGUUUGGCCCCGUCCCCUCCCCUACCUCAAGCUCUCACAGGACACAGGGGCGGGCCACGGACAGGCCCGGAAGCACAGGCCCCUCCAGUCCUGCCUGGGCUUGGGGCCACCUCGCCUCCUCUUGGAUGGACUUGUGAUGUCCCUUCCCAGCCACACCGGUCCCCAGCAGCCUCGCCCCGAUCAAGGCACGCCCCGUCCUGAGGAAACGGGAGAGCCUCCUCCUCUGACACAGUCCUGUGAGAACGGGGCACCGAGCCCGCCGUUCUGCAGCCAUCAGGUUUCGAAAUAAAAAACUGGACCAUCCACCCAUCCAUCCAUCCA